AUGAACCUCAAUGUCAACAUCAUACAGCUAGUGCCUACCCCUGAUUACGUUCAACCAAAACAAAGCCUGCACAGUCGAAAAAGAAAGUAUGUCUCAUCGGUCCCUGGUUUGUGUCUCCAUCUUCUUUUCUCCAGCCUCCUCGCGGUCCCUGGAGACCAAGACAUCGGCAGAAGCGAAUGCGAUGGUCCUUUCCACCCCUGUACCCCGGAGAUUUCUUUGGACUUCCCAAACGAACGCGCAAAGGCCGACACCGAAAAAGAGUUCAGGAAUAAAUAA